AUGAGGACCGGUGGAGGUGUCAAAGCGUCCUCGUAUUCAGUAGCGUGUUGUGACCCCGUGAGCCGAGGGGCGGCGCACGAUCAACACUCGACACCCCUUUAUUACUUUUAUGGAGGUGAGUUUGAGGCCGUCGAGGCGGUUUCAUUCCGAUCUUCAGCAAACAAAGGUCCUCGUCAAAGGAUCCGUGUUAAAAGGAGCCCGCUGAUGGAGUAUCACAAUGGACUGACGGAGACGAUCCAAUCUAUGAACGGAACGCGGCACGGCCGAUCACGACAAAUAAACAAAUAG